AUGAGUUCUUUGUGCAACUACUCCCAUCCAGAAUUACAAAUUACAGAUGGCCUCAUCCGUCAAGACACAGGCCGACUCUUCCCAUACAACCCCGAGUUCUACAACAACGCGACAGGUCUGUACGGCCCUGGCACCAUCUACUGUUGGUACAUGCUUCUCGUUUCCGUUCUCGCUAGCUGGGCCUUUUGUCUAGCAGACGAAGAUGGACCUAAGAAGCCAGGCCUUUCAAAUGAUCUCUUAGGAGCUCUGGCAUAUCCUAGGUCAAUCUUGACCUGUUUUGGCCCUUUCAAUACCACGCAGCUCGACCUGAAUCAUAUUCCGCCCGAUACGGUGAUAUUGGGCCAGCGUGUCGUCGAUAUCACCGGGCCGCUGACCAUAUGCUAUUCCGCAACACCGUUUCUACUUAUUCUUAUCGUUGGUUUCAUGAUUGAUACCGACUAUGCACGGGAUUGGAAGCCAAAGCCAUCAGCGCGCUGGGUAGUAAAUGUAGCUUAUGGCUACAGCUCACUCAUGCUCACAAUAUUCCACUUCAGUCUCGGCGAUAUAGGAACCAGCUUCUUCAUCGCGCUCUACGAGGCGAUGCUACCAGUGAUGUUAACCGUCAUCUACCUCUUCACCGCGUUCAUUGGCCUAACAUUUCUUACUGGCAUCAUCAUGCUAGUUUGGUCAAUGAUCGAGAAGAACUACAAUAACGUGGUUGAAGCUCUGAAAGCUCUAGGAGGCUGUAUAUUUUUCGCGGGUAUGCUGGUUGUGCCAUCGAUGUUGAUGAUUCACCGAGACCGCAGCACUUCGAUACCGGAUUUGGGAAUCAGAGUUAGUGAAAGGGACCAGUUGGCCACCUUGAUUGUCGGCAUUGUGACGUUGACUUUUACAGUCGUUGACGUUCUCAGGAACUUCUACCGGGAGAGACAUCGAGAAGAAGUGGCGGACUCCGAGAUGUAA